GGCUAUCACAGAAAACCUCCACUGCUCCCCUGCCCACACAACAGCAGCCUUUAACACAGCCCAGCCUGCUUUCUGUGCGUACGCAUCAGAGGCAACACAGGAUACACACUCACACACACAUGCACACUAGGUAACCACUUACACACUGAAUCAUAUCUCAAACUGGAGUCGGAGCAAGGAAACAGAAUGUCAGGGAAGGAAGCGCUGAAGUCAGUGGGAAAGCAGAAUUUGCCUCAUGUCUGCAGAGCUCUUUUCUGACCCACUCUAUAAGAGGUCUGAGGUUCACAGAUAUCUGAUGAUAUUUUUGGAAAUAGACCAGAACACAAAAGGAGAAGAUUUUUAAGAUUUGGUUAAGUAGUAGAAACUAAACCUUCACCCUCAAGAUCUGGAUUUUCAAACAGAGAAGACAUACAUCAGGAGGAAAUUCUUGAAAUUCUCUUUGUCUCUGACCACUCACUGAUUUUCAUCAUCUGCUGCCACCUUCGAACUGCAGGAGGACACAUCGUCAGGUUUACCGCACAAGCUAGUUUUCAGGAUUUCUGAAGUUGAUCAAACUGGAAACAAGAAGGCUGUAUUGACAACGUCAUCAAAAGCGUAGACCACAAGGAAGAUGAGUCUGUCACGGAACGGGACGCUGGAGAAGACAGUAUCUGAGCGGGGGUCCCCCUCCAGAGCGGGGUCAGGGGUCGUGGUGCCGCCUCCAUACUCCCUGGGUGGCAGCGAAGCCACCGACACCCCCCUGCAGUUAAGGGGCUCUCUGGAUUGUUGGGCAUGCUCUGUCCUGGUCACUGCACAGAAUCUGAUCAUAGCCCUGAUCAACGCCGGGCUGGCCAGCAUCGUGUUCGGCACCAUCCUCACGCCUGCUCUUAUCAUGAUCAUAUUCGGCUUCCUCUGCCACUCCACGGUGCAGCCCCAUGGAACAUCUCUGUAUUGCUCAGACGUGCUGGAUGACGGCGGCUGCGUGGCUCUGCUGGUUGUAGGCUUUCUGCUGCUCACCCCUCUGUUGGUCCUGGCACUCGCUGCCUACUGCCGCCUGGCCCGACACCUCCAGCUGGGCCUGUGUUUCAUUCCCUACAGCCGCGCCGUCUACAAGAACCUGCCCGCCUCACACCACCGCGGUGGUGGUGAGGGAGGCUGCUGUGGCCAGCAGGGAGCUUCAGAGAGGGAGGGGAAGGGUAGCGUAUGGGUGUAGGAGAGGAGAGGAGGAUUGUACAUGGUUGUAAUAUGUAUCUCUGUUUAAUUACAAGAGCUGGGUUGUCUGGAUCUUUUUUAAAAGCAAAUUGCCAUUGUAUUUCUAUUUCUAAAGCCAUUGUAAAAAAAGAAUCAAUCAUCUUUCAUCAUUUAUAGAGAUUGUUUGGAAGUCAGUAUUGCUUUUUAUAUACAAUUUCAAUCUAUUGAAUGUAUUUUAUACCUUUUUACAAUAUAGUGUCACUCGACCUGCCGAGCUUUGUGUUUUACACAGACACCUGCAAACUGAUCAUGAUGGACUGUGAACUGAACCAAUUUCAUUUAAGAGUAGAAGUUUAAAAAAGUAUAGAAUACACUGAAUAGGGUAAACGGGUAAAAGAUAUUUGUCCCACGCAAACUUCCAUACAACAUCAUUAUUGUAAAUCUGUGGAUUUGGAUUGAAGAAUAUGUCAGUCAUCAUAAUGUACAGGAAUAGCAAGGUUUUGUCUUGUUAUUUUAUUCCACAGAGACUCUAUCUGCAAAACACAUGUUGCCUGUUCUCAUUAAAAAUCUAAUGUCCAAAGACGUUACAAGCUGCUGUCAGUCGAGGAGUAGGCAGAUAUCUUAAUUACUGUGUAACAUGAUGGUACCUGUUAACUGGUUGAUAGGUUAUCUCUUUAUUCACACUGGCCAUUUGAGUUCUACCUAGAAGCAGCAAGCACACUGUAUACAGUAUAUUAGCAGAGAUAUCACUGGUUUGUUAAUAGUUUCAUUCUGACUUCUACACAUCAUAGAUUCAUUGAAAUGUACUUGAUGUGAGUUCAGUUAUUCAUUUAUUUAAAAAAUGUGUUACUGUCAAAUUAUAAUUUGUUAAAAAAUAAUAACACAUUUUAGGUCAGACCAAAUAACUGGUUUUGAUGUCAAAAAAUGACUCAAAAACAAAGGAGUUUAAAUUUAUUUUUGACCUUCACUUACCUCUAAUGGUGAUUGUUCUGCCCUUCUAAAAUACAUUGACUGUGAGGGUCAAUUUAGAUUCCAUAUUAAUUUCAUUAAACAAAAUAAAAAAUAUUCCGUUUUAAUCUAUUUCAUAAAAAAUAUCUUCAGUGUAUCUUGAAUUGACGUUCAAAAAUGUGUUCUAUUUUGUGAUGAACAUUUCUGUUUAGCCAUUAUUGUCAUGUGGCCUCUGGCCCUUUGUGUUUGGAGAUAGUUCAGAAGACACGCCUUUAGUGCAGUAUUGGUGAUAUUAUAUGUAUUUUGUAAUAAUAUUCACAUGAGGAUACACAUUAAAAUGUUAUACAGUU